UAUUUUGGAGAUGCAGACAAAAUAUCUUUGAUGAAAUGAAGAAGAAAUUUUUACAGAUAGAAAAUGCAGCUGAAGAACCAAGAGUCUUAUGUAUAAUACAAGAUACUACUAACUCAAAGACAGUGAAUGAACGGAUCACUUUAAAUUUACCAGCAUCUACCCCAGUCAGAAAGCUCUUUGAAGAUGUGGCCAACAAAGUAGGCUACAUAAAUGGAACCUUUGAUUUGGCGUGGGGAAAUGGAGUCAAUACUACUGAUACGGCACCACUGGAUCACACCAGUGACAAGUCUCUUCUUGAUGCUAAUUUUGAACCAGGAAAGAAGAACUUUCUGCAUUUGACAGAUAAAGACGGUGAACAGCCUCAGAUGUUGUUGGAGGACUCCAGUAACGUGGAUGACAGCAUGCAUGACAGGUUUAUAGGUCCGCUUCCAAGAGAAGGUUCUGUGGCCUCUACCAGUGAUUAUGUCAGCCAGAGCUACUCCUAUUCAUCAAUUUUGAACAAGUCAGAAACUGGUUAUGUGGGAUUAGUAAACCAGGCGAUGACAUGCUAUCUAAAUAGCCUUUUGCAAACACUUUUUAUGACUCCUGAAUUUAGGAAUGCAUUAUAUAAGUGGGAAUUUGAAGAAUCUGAAGAAGAUCCCGUGACAAGCAUCCCGUACCAACUGCAAAGGCUUUUUGUUUUGUUACAAACCAGCAAAAAGAGAGCGAUUGAGACCACAGAUGUUACAAGGAGUUUUGGAUGGGAUAGCAGUGAGGCUUGGCAACAGCAUGAUGUACAAGAACUAUGCCGUGUUAUGUUUGAUGCUUUGGAACAGAAAUGGAAGCAAACAGAACAGGCUGAUCUUAUAAAUGAGCUGUAUCAAGGCAAGCUGAAAGACUACGUGAGGUGUCUGGAAUGCGGUUAUGAGGGCUGGAGAAUUGACACGUAUCUUGAUAUUCCGCUGGUCAUCCGACCUUAUGGGUCCAGCCAAGCAUUUGCUAGUGUGGAAGAAGCUCUGCAUGCAUUUAUUCAGCCAGAGAUCUUGGAUGGCCCAAAUCAAUAUUUUUGUGAACGUUGUAAGAAGAAGUGUGAUGCUCGCAAGGGCCUUCGGUUUUUGCAUUUCCCCUAUCUGUUGACCUUACAAUUGAAAAGAUUUGAUUUUGAUUAUACAACCAUGCAUAGAAUUAAACUGAAUGAUCGAAUGUCAUUUCCGGAGGAGCUGGAUAUGAGCACAUUUAUUGAUAUUGAAGAUGAGAAAUCUCCUCAAACUGAAAGUUGUACUGAUAGUGGAGCAGAAAAUGAAGGCAGCUGCCACAGCGACCAGAUGAGCAAUGAUUUCUCCACUGAUGAUGCUGUUGAUGAAGGGAUAUGCCUGGAGAGCAGUAGUGGGACAGAGAAGAUUUCGAAACCUGGCCUGGAAAAGGUAGAGAUGGCGAUGACAGACCAGAGAAAGGGUUCCUUCCAAGUCCAGCUUGGUGAACCAAACUCCCUGAUGUAUGAGCUUUUCUCAGUGAUGGUGCAUUCGGGGAGUGCUGCUGGAGGUCACUACUAUGCUUGCAUAAAGUCCUUCAGUGAUGAGCAGUGGUACAGUUUCAAUGACCAGCAUGUGAGCAGGAUAACACAAGAGGAUAUUAAGAAGACACAUGGUGGGUCUUCCGGAAGCAGAGGCUACUACUCUAGCGCUUUUGCAAGCUCAACAAAUGCAUAUAUGCUGAUAUACAGACUGAAGGAUCCAACAAGAAAUGCAAAAUUUCUAGAAGUGGAUGAAUACCCAGAACACAUUAAGAACCUGGUGCAGAAGGAGAGAGAAUUGGAAGAACAGGAAAAGAGACAACGAGAAAUUGAACGCAACACAUGCAAGAUAAAAUUGUUCUGUUUACAUCCUGUGAAACAAGUAAUGAUGGAAAAUAAGUUGGAGGUUCAUAAAGAUAAAACAUUAAAGGAAGCAGUAGAAAUGGCUUAUAAGAUGAUGGAUUUAGAAGAGGUGAUUCCACUGGACUGCUGCCGCCUGGUAAAAUACGAUGAGUUUCAUGAUUACCUAGAGCGAUCAUAUGAGGGAGAAGAAGAUACACCGAUGGGUCUGCUCCUAGGAGGAGUCAAGUCCACAUACAUGUUUGAUCUGCUGUUGGAAACUAGAAAGCCUGAUCAAGUUUUCCAGUCUUACAAACCUGGAGAAGUGAUGGUGAAAGUGCAUGUUGUUGAUCUGAAGGCGGAGUCUGUUGCUGCUCCUAUAACAGUCCGCGCUUAUUUAAAUCAGACAGUUACAGAGUUUAAACAGCUGAUCUCAAAGGCCUCACACUUACCUGCAGAACCCAUGCGGAUAGUGCUAGAACGCUGCUACAAUGACCUACGCCUUCUCAGCGUGCCCAGCAAGACUCUGAAGGCCGAGGGCUUCUUUAGAAGUAACAAGGUGUUUGUUGAAAGCUCUGACACUCUGGAUCACCAGGCAGCCUUCACGGACUCCCAUUUGUGGAAACUUCUGGAUCGGCAUGCAAAUACAAUCCGAUUAUUUGUUUUGCUGCCUGAACAAUCACCAGGUUCAUAUUCUAAAAGGACAGCAUACCAGAAAGCCGGAGGCGAUUCUAGUAAUGUGGAUGAUGAUUGUGAAAGAGUCAAAGGACCUGCAGGGAACUUAAAGUCUGUGGAUGCUAUUCUAGAAGAAAGCACUGAAAAACUCAAAAGCUUCUCACUGCAGCAGCAGCAGCAGGAUGGAGACAAUGGAGACAGCAGCAAAAGCACUGAGACAAGUGACUUUGAGAAUAUUGAAUCCCCUCUCAAUGAGAGGGGCUCUUCCACCUCUGUGGAUAAUCGAGAGCUCGAGCAGCACAUUCAGACUUCAGACCCGGAAAACUUUCAGUCUGAAGAACGCUCAGACUCAGAUGUUAAUAAUGACCGGAGUACAAGUUCAGUAGACAGUGACAUUCUUAGCUCCAGUCACAGCAGUGACACUUUGUGUAACGCAGACAGCACUCAGAUUCCUCUGGCCAAUGGGCUGGAUUCUCACAGUAUCACAAGUAGUAGAAGAACUAAGGCAAACGAAGGAAAAAAGGAGACGUGGGACACAGCCGAAGAAGACUCUGGGACUGACAGUGAAUAUGAUGAGAGCGGCAAGAGCAGGGGGGACAUGCAGUACAUGUACUUCAAAGCUGACCCCUACGCCGCAGACGAAGGCUCUGGAGAAGGACACAAAUGGUUGAUGGUGCAUGUUGAUAAGAGAAUAACCCUGGCUGCUUUCAAACAGCAUUUAGAGCCGUAUGUUGGAGUCCUGUCCUCUCACUUCAAGGUUUUUCGAGUGUACACCAGCAACCAAGAGUUUGAGAGCGUCCGACUGAAUGAAACCCUUUCGUCAUUUUCAGAUGACACUAAGAUCACAAUUCGACUCGGGAGAGCACUGAAGAAGGGAGAGUACAGAGUUAAAGUGUGCCAGCUCUUAGUCAAUGAGCAAGAGCCAUGCAAGUUUCUGCUAGACGCUGUAUUUGCUAAAGGCAUGACCGUGCGGCAAUCAAAAGAGGAGCUGAUUCCUCAACUCAGGGAGCAGUGUGGCUUAGACCUCAGCAUUGACAGGUUUCGUCUAAGGAAGAAAACAUGGAAGAACCCUGGCACUGUCUUUUUGGAUUAUCAUAUUUAUGAAGAAGAUAUUAAUAUUUCCAGCAACUGGGAAGUUUUCCUGGAAGUUCUUGAUGGUGUAGAGAAGAUGAAGUCCAUGUCACAGCUUGCCAUUUUAUCAAAACGGUGGAGGCCUUCAGAGAUGAAGUUGGAUCCCUUCCAGGAGCUUGUGUUGGAGAGCAAUAGUGUUGAUGAACUGCGGGAGAAGUUGAGUGAAAUCAGUGGCAUUCCUUUGGAAGACAUUGAAUUUGCCAAGGGUAGGGGAACCUUCCCCUGUGAUAUUUCUGUCCUUGAUAUUCAUCAAGAUUUGGACUGGAAUCCUAAAGUCUCCACCCUAAACGUUUGGCCUCUUUAUAUCUGUGAUGAUGGUGCCGUCAUAUUUUAUAGGGAUAAAACGGAAGAAGUAAUGGAGUUGACAGAAGAACAAAGAAAUGAACUGAUGAAAAAGGAAAGUAGCCGACUACAGAAGACUGGACAUCGUGUGACGUACUCCCCUCGCAAAGAGAAAGCGCUCAAGAUCUACCUGGAUGGGGCGCCAAAUAAAGACGUGACUCAAGACUGACUGCCAGUGUAGCCUUCUCCCUGACGGUUGGUUUAAGUAAUGGUUCACUACUGCUGGGUAGUGCCAUUUUGGCCGGACGUGGUUGGGGUAAUCCCAUGACACCAGCACUGAUUGGACCUCCCUUCACCAAUCAGAAGCUCAGUGCCCAGUGGGCCACUGUCUUGACUUGGAAUCAUGUUGUGCACUAUGGUCAGAUGUACUGUAAAGCCAAGGAUGUGCAAAGAGAAACAAGCAAAGCCUGCUACUAUGAAAGGGGAGGGGGACGAGUAGAUUCAUUGAUUGCGGACAAAUGUGCACAUAGCCGCUAGUAAAACUAGCCUCAAACAGGAUGCUCAUAGCUUAAUAAUAAAGCUGUGCAAAGGCCAUGAA